AAACAUUGAGAAACGAGGAGAGUUUGUUUCUUCAUGCCGAACGCCCCCUUCUCCCUGAGAGAAAGAUGAUUGGCCGAAUUAAAAACUGAUUGACAGUUACCCCGCCCAUUCAAAGUCUCCGGUCAGCAGAGACACCCUACUCCCUUCAGCUGCUGUUUACGCCUGUGCUGUCACAUGAAUGACUCGGUUUCCCAGAAGCCCACUUCGCGCAGGCGCAGAACGCGUUGCCUGACAGUGGUAAACAGACGUCAGAAGGGAGUCUUCGCCUCGAGUAAAAACAAAACAAAACAAGUCAAAAAGGUACUGAAGGAGCGGAUAUUUGGACAGCCACAACGACAGGAAGUUUUACAAAACUCGCCGCUGAUUUAAAAAGGCUACUUGAGGGAAGUUAUCGGAGGCAUUUCACGGACUUUUUCACGGAUUGUAAACUCUGGAGUAGCAGGAGCUUAACCAGCUAACGUUACGGUGGCUACCGUGCUGUUUUAAAGUGCGGCGAGUGGGAGCCGACAGACCUCCGAGGCGACCCAACUUCACCCAGCACCCGGGAUUUCGCUUUGUAGCUCGUUUACCGAGACCGCGGGGCGAAGAUCGGCUGAGCUCCGGGCCUCGGUCGAGGGGUUUUUAUCACCGCUUCUUCGAGCAUCGUGUGCCGCGGCAGGAGUGUGGAGAAACAUGGCAGAUGGUGACAUGCGCCCGGCCGCAAUGUGGCGGAUCGUGCAGACCUGAAGCACGGACUUUUCUUACGUACAUUUCUCUCACCUUCCCCACUUUUUUUUUAUUAACUUAAACACUGUUUAACCGUUACGUAAAUCCGCUGUCCCUGUCCUCUCCCAUCACUCUGAAUGCGUGUGGCUGUUUAGUUACAGCGGCUUUAACAUACAGGCCGGAGAGACGGCGGCCAACGUCUCGUUACUGGGCUGGGUUUUUUUUUUUACACUUUUCUGGCAGCUGGCGAACAAAACCGUUGCUGUGAUAAUCAGACGUUGUGCGUUUUUACACUUUACUUCGUUUUAAAUAACCGGACUGGUUUGUGACUGUUUGGGGAUUUUUAAAGUUAGUUUUUUGGCUUGUGGAGAGCCUAGACAUCACGUUGUUUACAAGUGGAGACGGACAGGAGCGCUCCUGAGAAGCCCCUUUGUAACAGUAGUCAGCUAAAUCCCUGUUUGUAGUCUUUAUAAAUACUGUAGCUUUACACUAAAACCAAAUCCAGGUUUGAAUGAGAACAUUUAUAUAUGGAUUUAUUCUUGAGGUAUUGUUACAUUUUGAGAAACAGUUUAUAGUAUACUUUUACCCUUUGACAAAUAUUUCAGUUUUGUGUUUAUUAACAGGAAUGGCAUUAUUUUGUAACCAUGAGAUUUUUUAAUUCAUUUCCAGGUGAGCCAAAACCUCUGUAGAUCCAGAUGUUUUGGUGCUCAUUGCCACUUUUGUUUUUAUUUCAUUCAAACAAAGAGACUCACCCCAGCCCUCCUUCAUUCUAUAUAAAUCGGAAGGUUUAUCAUAGUUACUAUUAAGGAGAUUAUUUGGGUUCCCUAAUCUCCAAUCUGAGGAUUAACCGAGGCUAUUGGUGCGUCCAGAUUAUUUCUAGGCCCCUCUGUUUACACCCCCGCAGUGGGUCAAGCAUAUUGUUUUUGUGUCAGGAAGUUAUUUUUUAACGCGCCAUCCGCUCGAAGUUAACUUUAAAUUUCAAAGGUAGAUGUUUUAAGUGGUCCCAUCUUUUUGGUUGAGUGGAAGUUCAGAGGACCGCCAUGGAGGAGUCCUCGGUGCCCCCGAUUGACCCAGAUUUCGAGCCUCAGAGCAGACCCCGCUCCUGCACGUGGCCCCUGCCGAGACCCGACAUCUCGGUUGUCAAACCGGAGGGGGCGGAUGGCACCGAGUCCGCCGCCGGGACCCCGCCCGCGGACGAGGACAAGUCCGAGCCGCAGCAAAUCACGUCCGAGCCCGAGAAGGCUGCGGCGGCGGCCGAGGGCGGGGUAGUGGCCGGCGUGGGCGGAGCCGGCGCGACGCCCCGCAAAGGAUCAUCCCGGCGCAACGCGUGGGGGAACCAGAGCUACGCAGAUCUGAUUAGCCAGGCCAUCGAGAACUCACCUGAGAAGAGGCUGACCCUGGCGCAGAUCUAUGAGUGGAUGGUGAAAACUGUGCCUUACUUCAGAGACAAAGGAGACAGCAACAGCUCAGCUGGCUGGAAGAAUUCAAUUCGCCACAAUUUAUCUCUGCACAACAAGUUCUUGAGGGUACACAAUGAAUCGACAGGCAAGAGCUCCUGGUGGAUGCUCAACCCGGAAGGAGGGAAGACCGGGAAAGCUCCCCGGCGCCGGGCCGCCUCCAUGGACAACAGCAGCAAACUGCUGAAGAGCCGCAUGAGGGCCAAGCAGACCAAGAAGCAGGCGGGAGCAGGUGGUUUGGGGGGCGCUGGAGGGGUGCUGCAGGGGGACGGCAGCACAGGUUCGGCGGGCGCUGACAGCCCCAAUUCGUCCCAGCAGUUUCCCAAAUGGGGGGUUAACAGCAGCAGCCCCUCGUCCCGCGGCAGUCUGGAUGACAGUGACAUGUGGACCAGUUUCCGCCCACGCACAAGCUCUAACGCCAGCACCCUGAGCGGACGUCUGUCCCCCAUCGCUCCUGGACAGGAGGACGACGAUAACCUGCCUGAGGAUGGACUGCUGGGAAGAUACGCUGCCAGCAGCUUGACCCCCACCCUCACCGAGACCCUCAUGGAGGAGCUGGAUCUGAUCGACGGCCUCACACUGAUGACUGGGCAGCAGGGAGGGGCCAGUCCCAGUACAGCCCCACCAGCACCUCCCACUCCGCUGCCCUCCGCCUCCACCCUGCUGCCUCGUGGCUCCAGCUUCUCCUCCUUCCAUCAGCUGCAACCAUCCAGCCUCCCGCAGGCCCCCACUCACACCGGGACUCAGGCCUCCAUCUCUCAGUGUGGACCCAGCAGCAAAGAGCCGUCAGCCUUCAGCAACUCCCUCUUCAACCCCAUGUCCAGCUCCGGCUCUCGUGGGGGCGGCCAUUACAGCACCCACGUGCCUUCCAGCCUGGAGGCGCUGCUCACCUCUGACUCCCCUCCUCCGAGUGAUGUCAUGAUGACCCAAGUGGAUCCCCUCAUGCCCAGUCCUGGAGGGGUGGGCCUGAUGGGCCUGGGCACGUCCGUGGUGGGUGUGAGGCCCAAACCCAAUCAGCUGCUGUUGGGUAAAGGGCUGGAGCCAAACACGGUGGCCCCCAUGGCGCUCCAGGCUCAGAUGCAGCCGCAGCAGCAUCACCUUCACCACCAGCAGCAGCCGCACCAGCAGCAACAACAGCCACAACAACAACAACAACAACAACAACAACACCAGCAUCACUCUCAGAUGGGGUUGGGGAUGAUCCUCUCAGGUAUGUCUCAGGACCCAUCACAGCUCUCUACCCUCAAAGCCCAGCAUGCCACAGUGCCAGCUGUGGGCUCUCAUCACGGAGGGCCCAUCGCCUCAGCCAAUCCCGGCGUGAGUCUGCAGGGGAUGAGUCAGUUCGGAGCUCCGUCCUGCUUCCAGACCGGUCAGGACCGACUGCCCACAGACCUGGACAUAGACAUGUUCACCGAAAACCUGGAUUGUGACGUGGACUACAUCAUCAACAGUGACCUCAUGGACGGAGAUGGCAUUGACUUCAACUUUGACCCCAUACUGCCUGGAGGCCAAGGCUACGCAGGCCCAGCCACCACACAGGGCUCCGCUCACAGCUGGGUGCCCAGCUAAUUCCUCAUCUGACCACACAAAGUCAGCCAGGAACUGAUCUCCAAUCAAGAUAACCUCACAAAAUGACAAAACGACCGGUGCAUUCCUCCUCCCUGCUGGCUGAAGAUACUGUUUUCAAAUACGAUGCUUCACUAGGAUUUUAAAGACAAAACCAGACCUCACCCAUGUCAUGUGCCAAGACAUGGCGAGGACAGGGAGGAGAUUCAGGCUACUAUGCACAAUUUUUCUCCAUUUCUUUUCUUCUUCUUUUUUUUUAAACAACACUUGCAACGAUUUGGCUGCUAGCUGUUUUUUCUUUUAAUCCGAACUGAUGAUUUUUAAAGACGUGUGACAUAAUAUUUUUAGAGUGAAAAGACAAAUCAUUAACUCCCCUCUGCUGGGAGUUUAUAUUUCAGUGAUGUUACACCAGAAUAGCUUUAGGAUGGAAACGGUACUCAAUGGCUUUGGUAUUGAAGACUCAAUGGACUGUGCGUUUUUGGAGAAAUGGCCAGUUUUCCAUUGACACUUGCCUAGCAUGAAUUGCCAGACCAAAUGCUGUUUGAUCGUCUGAAUAAGGUGCACCUGCUCUGCUGCACAUGGAAAGAGUUUCAUCGCAGGAGUCGGCGAAAACUUGGAGGACUGUGAUUGUGUUGUGAACAGGUGGAAGAUAGAGACUGGAUGACUGGAGGUAUAAAAUGUUUGAUUCAACAUUGGCUACACAUCUCGCCCAACUGUGUACUUGGACUACGAUCACAUGUACGAUUCAAAUGUCUCACUUCAGAGAAUAAAAGAUAAUGCAUUUUUUCUCCAAUGAAACUGAUUCAACAGUUAAGAGGUUAUGUAUUUGCAGUUUGGCAUUUUUGGUGUUAAGGUAGAUGUCAGUUAGAGGGUUUUUUUUUUUUUUUUUUUUUUAAUCCCUGAUGUGCAGUUAAACUAACAAAAUGAAGAAAUGUGAUUUGUGAAUUUCUACACAGGGCAUUCAAGGGUAAAUUUAUUUGCCAACAAGUGAUUGGUUGGCCAAGUAUUAUAUUGUCUCAGACAGCAGUAUGCCUCCACUGUCAAAUGCUCUACCUGAUUCUUUUUUUCAUCUGUGCAUUUUCAAAGCACUUAGGUUUCCUGCAACACGGGCACCCCAAACUAGGAGAAUACAUCCACAUUAGGUUACACCAUUUCAUUAAAAAGAGAGUAUAAAUCCUGUAAAAGACAUUUAAUGUACACCUUGCACAUGUACACGACGAGACGCUAUGCAGAUUUAUAAGGAGAACUAAAUGAAAUCUUGAAGGAAAUUAGAAAAAUCAGUUCUUGAAGGGUUUUGCUAUUUAACAUUUUCCUGAUAUUUUGUUGAGGGGGACGUGGCUGCUUCAUGUCAGAAUAUCCUCUCACACUUUAAUUAUUCAGUACUUCAGUUAUUUAGUUCGAGAAAUUAAUUCACUCUGUGAGAAGUACAAAAAAAAAGAAUAUAUUUGAUUAUAGUUUUAAUAUACAAUUUAGAUGGAGGUAAUAAAUGAGAUAUUAAUACAUAUGAAUAUAUUACUAAUGACAAGUGAUGUUUUUUUACAUUGGAAGAAGCAUUUUCAGAUCAUUUCUAAUGGUAAUUUUCUAUACUUUUUAUUUUUGUAAAGGAUGAGAUGCAUGUAGAUUUUUUACAUAACCAAAGGAACACUAAUAUUUGCAUUCGCAUGGCAUUUAGGGAGAGCUUGGGCCGGACACAGUAUCUCGGUGUACAUAAGCUUUUGCAAAAGAUGCCUGUAACAUUAAAUCUGGCUUUGAAAGACGCGUGAGGCAAAGUGCAUCAAUACUUGACCAUUCUAACUAAAAUUCCCAAUGAUCUGCCUCAUUAUUUUCCGCAUUCAUUGUGAAUCCAAGUAAAAGAAAAAAUAUGCUCUGAAAUGUGGCACGACGAAAAGACAACAACCUUUUAUCGUCCCACUUUUCAACAAGCCGUCGAAAUCUCAUCUCAAAACGAGACUAAUACAACCGUUACCUCUCAGGGUCGCUCUGAAGAAAAGACAACAGGAAAACAACUCUGCACAGACGUAAUCAGAUCACGUGACAACAGCAAAAACUAUAUUUAUUUUACACAUUUCUGUUUCUACAGACUGGAAACCAACACACCGCGUCUUUUGUUUUGUUUUCCUGGAGACGUUUCUGUUGAGUUGAUCUCAAAUUUGACUUCCCUUUUUAUUGAAAUGUAUUCUAUCUCUCCAGCCAUGUAUAUCAGCACAAGCCUAUCCCUUGGGGUUUUUUUUUUUUGACUGCCAAUAUUUAAAACACUAUAGCAUGACGUUACUCUGUAGCAAGAUGGACUUUUAUUAUUUUAUCAUCUUACCCCCCCUCAAAAUUGUGUGUUUUGUGUUUGUAUUUAAUUACUUUGUUCACAGCCGUCGACAUUUUUGUGAUCAGGAAUAACAUCCCUGCAGUUUAAACUCUUAAUAUUCAUCAUUUCACUGUAGCUAUGUCAAUAUGUUAAGCCUCUAAUUUGUACAAAGCACUCUACUUUUAUUUCUCCCACAAAUUUUUUUUUCAUUUCUCUUUUUGAAUGGUGCUAGAUGUCAUUUGUGACGUAUCCAGGAGUACGUAAUGAUGCAAUGGGUGCAUAUCAGGGCCUUUUGAAUUUUCUGUAUACAGCACAAGGAUCUUGAUUUGGUGUUAUGAAUCAACAGUUUUAAUGUUUUUAUAUAAAUGAUGCCCCCAAUCUAAACUGGUCACUUAAAUAGAUCUGGAAACAGAAGACUGGCUUGUUCAAACUGCAUGAUUUUCUUAUUAUUUUUAGUCAUAACAUGUAAUUAUUUUAGAAAGUUGUAUAUGCAACAACCCCCCAGUUUUUCUGAACUAAUGUCCAGGUGUUUUAACAGCUGAUAGGACGAACUGCAGCAUGUAAAAGGAGUGGUGCUGCUUGGUUUGUGAGAAUCUGCUGCACCAGGUCUUGAUGUCUCUAGUUUACUGUUGCCUCCUAAAGGGGGGUGGGGGUGUUGCGUUAUUACUUCCCUUGUAUCUCCCCCUUCUAUGUAAUUACAACUAACUACAUAUUUUGUUCUUCAGUUUUCUUUAGCAGUUAGUCCCUGUAUGUUUGUUUUGAAAUUUAAUAUUGCCCCAUUUGAUACAGCAUUUUAGUAUUCUGCACGGGUGGGUUUUUUAUUUCCAUAGGGGAGGGUGGGUGGACAGGUUAUGAUAAGUUGUGCAUAAGCGAAUUAUGUUAUGAUUUUUGAUUAAUGUUGAUAGUGUUUCUCCCCCCCCACUCUUUUUCUUUCUUUACACAUUGUAAAGUCGGCCAGAAAUGACAAACAGUUCUGAACAGCAGAAAGAAAUUCAAUAAACUGUUUAACCCAC